AAGCGCUCCAACCCCCACACUUGACUUGUAGAUUGCUUGCGGCUGUUUUUGCGCCUUUGCAAGUUCGCGACAAUACAGCGGUUCUUACCCUUCAACUCCAAAUUUUUCGCCCCAUUCUUCCAACACACAGAGUUCAAGAUGGGCAAGUCACUAGCAGUCGCCAAGAAGGGAGAGACCUCCGUGGUUCCCAUUUCUUCUGAGCAGACCCUCAAAGCCUCGAAAGCCCUUUUGUCACACAUGCAAAAGGCUGCCAAGGAAGCAGCCGCAUCCGCCGACAAGAAGAACCUUCUCGAAGAGUCCACCGAGGCCGAGACACCCAUCUGGCUGACGGCGACGACGAAGCGCAACGUACGCGAUACCAACAAGCUCAAGCCUGGUCGUGUCACUCUCCCACACCCGCUCAACCGAACGGACCCCGAGACUACCAUCUGCCUGAUCGUCGCGGACCCGCAGCGCUUCUACAAGGAUGUCGUCGCCAGCGAGGAGUUCCCCGAGGCCCUGGGCAAGCGCAUCACACGGGUCGUUGACCUGAAGCACCUCCAGGCAAAGUUCAGGACUUUCGAGGCCCAGAGGAAGCUUUUCUCGGAGCACGAUGUGUUCCUGGCCGACGAAAGGAUCGUCAACAGGCUGCCCAAGGCCCUGGGCAAGACCUUUUUCAAGACCACGGCCAAGCGCCCUGUGCCAGUGAAGCUCCACCGGCCGGACAAGAAGGCCGACGGCGUCAAGUCCACGCCGGGGCAGAAGAAGGCUCAAAAGGAGCAGGGCAGCAGCGUUAAGCACGCGAAGUCGGCGGGUGACAUGGCCAAGGAGAUUGAGGCUGCCGUCGGCGCUGCGCUCGUGCACCUGACCCAGACCACCAACACAGCCGUCAAGAUCGGAUAUGCGGCCUUCACGCCGCAGCAGAUCGCUGAGAACGCAGAGGCGGUGGUCACCGCUCUUGUGGAGAAGUUCAUCCCGCGCGGCAUUGACAACCUGCGCGCCGUGUACCUCAAGGGACCCGAGACGGCGGCUCUGCCCAUCUGGCAGACGGAGGAGCUGUGGCUGGACGGGGACAAGGAUGUCCUUGCAGAGGGGUCGGAAGAGCUCAAGGCGCUCGAGGAAAAGAAGGAGAAGGCCAACGUAGGCAAGAAGAGAAAGGCACCUGCCGCUGAUGAGCAGGUGAAGGAGGAAGAGGAGCAGGUUGAUGCUGCCGCCGAGGUGGAGAAGCCGGCCAAGAAGAAGAACAAGAAGGCAAAGGUGGAUGCGGAGAGCAACGAUGCCAAGCUGGACGCUCAGAUCAAGGAGAGGAAGGAGAAGCUGAAGAAGCAAAAGAAGGCGGCCAAGGCAGCCAUGGAGGAAUGAGUGUGCAAAUAUGAUGGUCUUUUUGGGGUCUUGUGAUGUGCAUUUGCCGGCGUUUGGGAGUCUUUAGGUACAAAAGGUCACACUUGAUACGUUCGUCAUAUUCCUCGCAAACUGAUUCAUAUGCACGCAGGUAGCCUGUCCCCGACAUGCACCACCAUUUUGGGUUACAGGUCCAAUCUUGAAGGCGGAUCGAUUCUCGACCCAUCAAGACUACAUGAAAGUAGCGAGUUGGCGUACCAUCUAGACUAAUGUCUUGAUUUUUUUUUACAUAUAUCCUGUGCCAUCAGUUUGACAAACCCAACACAUAUCCUUUUUCCAUGGACCCUUUCGGACACAUCACAUUCCUGCUCCUGGGAAGAUGGCCAUCAGGCAAUCCUCAUUCAAGGUCAUUUGAUGUCUUGCACCGUCUACGCCUUCGGUAAUUGUGCUAGUAGUCUCCAUUCAUCGCGACAUUGAUGUCAUUCAAUUCUUUCUAUUUUUCUGGGACAUUCUUAUGUACGUUUCCAGCACGGUAUUAUUCGCCUCCUUGGAUGGAAAUCAUCGAGUGUUCCUCUUGCGACCCACGAUGAUUCUGUUUUUAUGCAACCCGAGAAGGGUUGCUUGUCCCAGUCGUGCUCAUGACAUCGCCCAACAAUGGAGACAGAGAUAUUCAC